UUCGUCACAAAACGCAACGGUUUUCGUCAGCUGUUUUCAUUUGUGUCCCGGUGCUCGUUAUUUUAAAAUUUAAUUAAUGAAAAGAUUGAUAUUUCAAUUUUAAAUGGAUAACUCAUCGGACGAACUUGUUGUAACCGUACACAUACUGGAUGCGAUCAACUUCCAUCGGGUCAAGAACACUCCGAUCGUGAUAAGUGCCUCGUUGGACAAAAAUGUCCUCGAAACGGCCAGUCGCACACCGGGCAUCGCCUCCACGAACUUCGAGCAGUCGCUGGUUUGGGAAACGGAUCGACAGUCGGUGAAACGCAUGAAAACGGAAAACAUCCCCAUCAAGAUCGAAUGCUUCGCCGUGGAAGGCGCCCAGAGGACGGCCCAAGCAUUGAUUGGCCACCUGCUGCUGCCGUUGCGAUCCGUUCCGUUGCUACCGUCGUCCAAGGCGGCAACGGUGCGUCCCCGUUGGUAUCGAUUGAUUGGUCUUAACAGUCCGGAGUGGAAGAGUCAGAAGCCGGAAGUGCAGCUGCUAGCCGUGAUCACCGAUAAGGGGUACUUGAGCUUGGGCAAGAAGAAGGUGGAGUCCGAUUCUGAGUUGGAUCGCAGUUUGGUCAUUUUUACCAAUCCAGAACCUGCGAGGCUGAAUUCGAAAGACGAUUUGCCGAUUCUGCUGUUGGAGGAACGAGGACUGCUGCAGGUUGGGGAUUUUGAGACUGAACGGGAUCUGUUUUUGGUAAAGAUUGUGCUGAAGUAUGCGAAACAGCUUCAGGGUUUGAUUCCCGAUGGAAUACCGGCGGAUUUUAGAAUUCGCUAUGAAUUGCUGGGGGAUUCGUAUCCAUGCACUCUGGAAAAGAAGCCAAAUGAUAGAUUUUUCAUCCAGGAGAAAAUAGUCAUCAACUUUAGAACUUCGUUACAAUCGUUGAAGCGAUAUUUUGACGAGGUGUUCUUGAUACGAUUGGAAAUACUAAAUGGUGAACAAGUUGUUGGACUCCUGAACCUUUCUUUUGGAGACUUGAUUAAAGAUGGAUCGCUUGACGAGUUUCUUAGAAGACAGCAAGAAUCUACAGCUGCUUUGGAGGUUGAGAAGUACUAUCCCAUUGAACCACAACUUGAUCCCUCUAUCAAAGAGAAGCUUACAGAGGAACAUUGCGCUGUAAUCAAGUGUAAAUUCACGCUCAAAUAUCUUUCCACGGACUACCAGCAAGAGUCUACCAAAGCAAAGGAACACGUGACUCAAGAGAAGGACUCCCGCCAGGAAGUUGCAGAAUCUCAGCCUUCCAUUCAAUCCAUUAACUUGCACAAGCCACUCGAGCCGCCCCCGGUGGAGCCUCCGAAAAAAAUAGACAUUCAAUCGAUACUCCAGUGCGAAGAUCGUGACAUGCGAGACGUCCCGCGAACGUUCAGCUACAAUCUGCUGCUUCAAUCUAUACGGUUCAACGCGCGUCCGUCAAGCGGCAUCUGGCAGCUGUCGCUGUUCCAUCCGAAAGCGGACACGCCCCUCACGAAGAUCACCAUGGAACUAACCACAAUCGAAUCGGACACGCUGGAAUUUCCAAAUUUGCAGCUUAGCUUGUACUUUUCCACACUGCCAGACCACGUGCUCGAAACAAUUACGGCAGAACGCUCUAAGCUGUCGCUGCACGCCCCCCACGGACUGGCCGGUUACGCCCGGCUCGACAACCAGAGUCUGGUCGUUGGGACGAAGGAGCGCCGAUCCGGCGUGGUCAUUCUGGAGAACCAAAACGGCGAAAGCAUCGGAAUGGCAACGGUGUUUUGCUUUCUCGACGAAGUCGGCGUCAACUACAACAGUCGCGACCCAGAUCACGACCCACCGGAGGUGGCCACGCUUUCGUCCCGGGGUCGACUACACGAUCAACUCUCGUACAAAAUGCUGGAGGAACAGAAACAGUGGAUGCUAACGCAAAGGGAACUUUUUCUGGCGGAGUUGAAGCGAAAAGAAGCAGCUCAUCUGACGCGACUGUCCAGCGAGUGGAAAAAGAAGCGCUGCAAAGAGAAUGAAGCUAUCGCAAGAAAGCUGGAACACGCCUCCGCACUCACCGCCGCCCUGGAAGAAACGAAGAAAAAUAUCCACGUUCGCAGUGUCCAACAGAGCUGCCAGAGUGAAUCCCUCGAAGAAGUCAAAACCAAACUCGAGCUACAAUAUCAGCAACAGCUGACGGAGAUUCGCGAUAAAACCACCCGCUUGGAAACCGACUUGAAACACCGCUCCAAACUACAAGACUUGAGAUGUAACGAGCUUGAAGAACGUAACGAUGCCUUAACCGACGAAAACCAACAGCUCAAACAGCAAAACGCCCGCCUCACGCAAGAACUUGAAAGCGCAAAGAAAUCAAUCCAAGACAGUCAAAACCAGCGAACGGCAAUCGAAUCCAGAAUUGAAGAGGCGGAAAAGUCCAAGCUGUUUUACAAACAGCAGUGGGCCAAAAUGAUUCGCGAGGUGCACAAGAUGAAGCUGGACAAUGAAGAGCAACUUGGCGAGCUGUUGCGUGGGAGGGAGCGGAAGAAGAAGGGUCAUUCGUCGUCGGUUGAUGCGACGGCGGGUUGUUGCUUUCGGUCUACGGUGGAAGCCGGUGAACAGCAGAAACUGGACAGAAUACGCAGCAUGAUUUUUGACGAACCAGGAUGCUGCUUGAGAAGUGAUCGCUUUUGAUGCA